GUUUUCUGUCUGAUCACAGAUUACGGUUAAUCGCGGAUAACUUGGUCUGUUGUUGAUCUUUAAAAAUGUAAAAAUCCAAAUAACUGCAUUAGCCUAUACGCCCUGCGUGUUAUUAUAUUAUGCGAUACGAAGGUCAAUGACAAUGCAGUUACGCACUUGCACUGAGAUAUAAUGCAGCGUUUGUUUGUCGUCUCACUAAGUGAUUAGUCCGACCCUAGAGUGAGAAGCAGGGAGGAGUAGAAUUUGUCCUGGCAAUUUUUAAUGUUAACUAAUAAAAAUAGCUAUUCUUGUAUGUAAAUUUUAAUCUAAAAAAAUCUGUCUGAAAAGGUUUUUCGUACGCUUUACAGCCAUAUGACAUCCUGAAAUGAGUUUUCACUACGAGCAGUGUUAUCCUGGACCUGGGGGAGGAAGUCAUUUCCCAGGACAGGGUCCAACGGGGGGUCCAUACACUGCUGGGAUGCCCCUAGGCGGUCAGUAUGGAGGCACAGCCCCACCCUCGGCUCCACCAGCACCCCCUGGCUAUGAACCAUACGGAGGAGCUGCACCUCCACCUGGGGGACAAUACGCAGGAGACCAAGCUCCUGGUGCCCCCUACGGAGGCUACGGUCAGCCCCAAGGUGGGGCUUAUGGACAACAGCCUCCUGGGCUCGGUAAUGUACCCCCAGGUGUAAACCCGGAGGCCUACCAGUGGUUCCAGUCAGUGGACACGGACCACAGUGGCUGCAUCACCCUGAAGGAGCUGAAACAGGCUCUCGUCAACUCCAACUGGUCUGCCUUCAACGACGAGACCUGUCUCAUGAUGAUCAACAUGUUUGACAACACCAAGUCGGGGCGGAUGGAUGUCUUCGGUUUCUCGGCGCUGUGGAAUUUCCUGCAGCAGUGGAGGGCGCUGUUCCAGCAGUUCGACCGCGACCAUUCCGGUUGUAUCAGUGGCAGCGAGCUGCACCAGGCUCUCUCCCAGAUGGGGUACAGCCUCAGCCCUCAGUUCACCCAGGAGCUGGCGGCACGGCACCCGCCGCGGGGCUCCAUGCAGCUGGACCGCUUCAUCCAGGUGUGCACGCAGCUGCAGAGCAUGACCCAGGCCUUCCGCGAGAGGGACGCCGCCGUGACGGGCAGCGCGCGUAUCAGCUACGAGGACUUCCUGUCCGGCGCCAUCUCGCGACUCGUGUGACGGGCGGCUGCCUCUGCCGCUCGCCCCCUUCUUCUCUGUUUACAAAAAAAAAAAGUACCUUAUAACCUAACAGUUUGCUCUGUUGUCCUGAGGCACUGUUUCAAUUGCUAGUGAAAAUGUUUGUUCUAGUAAUAGUAAUUCCUUAAAUUGGCACACGUUGCCCAGCAGUGAAUGGUGGAUCUUGAAAUGUAGUAAUUUGACAGAUGUGCAACUUAUUUACUUAACACAUAGGUAUUCCGCAUAUUGUCUGGUUCUGCUUUUAAUAUUGAUUGUUGCGGUGCUGUGAAAAAGUAACCAAAAUUUGCGCUGCUUUGAUAAGAAGUGGUUACUUGUGAUGUCUGCUAUAUCAGAUCACCUUUAUCUGUACUAGGACUUAUGAGAUGAACAAAUGUCCUUUUGACUUAAAAUGUGCCAAAAAAAAAGGAAAAGAAAUCACUUAACUCUGUCACAUCACAGUCUAUAUUGGCUGGAGCUAUAGGUGUAAGUGUCUUACUGGAAUGCAUCUUUUAGCCCAGGACCCAAACUACUGCUCCAUACUACUAUACUAAAGAAUUGUUCAUAAUUUCUCCCUUCAAAGUAACCCUAGUUUCACAUUCUUAGAGGAACAAAAGCACUUUAACAUUCAUUACAACUCAUUGUAUAAUUUCUCUUGUUUUCAUCAUAUGGUUAGAGCUGCACUAGGAAAUUAUAGAAAAUGACUGAGAUGCACUUUGAAUUCAUUUUAAGAUUAGGGGGCAGCAAAAAAGCUUUUAGUGUCUGAAACACUAUAAGAAACUUAUACACAAGAAAUUAAGAUGUGGACUAAGGUUAUGCCAAUUGGCAGUUGGUAACCCCCAUUAAGACUGCUUGUAAAUAUUCCAUUGAUUCCUAAGCAUGGGUACAAGGAAAAGAAACAAGCAAGCUCAUCACUAGGCAUAGUUUGCCAAUUUAAUUGGUUUCAUAUUUAUUUCAUAUGAAUGUGUAUUGUGUUUUUUUCCCAUAUUUAUUUAUUUAAUGGCAUUAAAUCCUCAAUAAAGAAUCAGAAUGCCUAUUACCUCCACUUUUAUCAAUAAAAAAUAACUUCAAGUUCUGUGCCAUUUUUAGAUUUUAGUAGUUAUAUCUGUGUCAUGUGUUUCAUGCUAAUUAAAAUGUUGCAAACAGA